AAUUUUGAAAAUUUUAAUAUUUUAUUGUGCUUAAGCUGUAAAUGCAGCAGAGUUUCAAUGAAGUCGAUAGCCUUAGAUAACUGGUGCUUCAUUGUUUGAAGUUAUUUCUGUUAGCUAAGCUAAUAAUAAUAAUAAUAAGCAAUUUUCUUAUAAAUCGUCCAUAAGAUGAUAAUUAAUCUUUUAGGAAUCUCCGACUUAAAGAUUCGAUUCGUAAAAGCCGAAAUAUUUGUUCGCUUUUUAAAAAUGCAUUUCCAAGCUCUUUUUUUUCUACCCGCCGCAAGGAAAUGUCCCCUGCAUUGGUGCGAGCAGGAAGAAGGAUGGAAAGAUGGAGCAGUGCUUCGCACGUUUGACUUGGGAGCAGAAAUAUCAAGCACGUUGGGAAAGACCAUUGUCGGCAGAUUGUUACAGAGGUGGGCAGUGUGAUUGAAGAACGACCAAACGUGGUAAUGUGUCGUGCGAUACGCCGGCAAUUCCAAGACGAGUAGAGCACUUGCCCUGGAUGUGCUUAUAAAUAAAUCAUCCUCUCAAAUCUUCUCGGUCCAAAGAAAAUUUUUUGGACUUUUUUACCGAGUUUUGUCAUGAAUGCUCACUCCUUCAUCCAAUAUUCCGGUCGAAGUUUCGCCUAGAUUCGCUGAGCAUUUGAUACUAGACUAACGAUGGCAAAAGCUCAAAUGUCUUUGACGCCGCCAAAAGAUAAAUUUAAAUUAGUAUUUUUAAUUUUUCUACUGCACGGUCUCGGUACGCUAAUGCCCUGGAAUAUGUUUAUCACCGCGAAAAGCUAUUUUGUAGAUUUUAAAUUGGCAUCUACAAAUGAUACGUCUUCCUCAAUAUCGUACGAUGGAUAUUUUCUUCAGUACUUGGGUUUCGCAUCGCAGAUACCUAAUUUAAUAUUUAAUUGGUUAAAUAUUUUCGUGCAAUUGGGAGGCGAUCUAACAAAGCGAAUAGUGUAUAGCAUAUUAUUGGAAUUAAUUAUUUUUACAAUUACGAUUAUAUUGGCUAUAUUGGAUUCAUCGGUUUGGCCGGACGUAUUCUUUUGGAUAACCAUGUUAAGUGUAAUCUUGUUAAAUAUGGCUAAUGGCAUUUAUCAAAAUACGAUUUAUGGCAUGGCAGCCACUCUACCCGUUGAGUACACUGGUGCCGUUGUUCUCGGUGCUAAUAUUAGUGGCCUUUUUGCGACAAUCGUCUCCAUAUGCAGCUCAUUCGUUUUCUCUUCAUACAGAACUUCCGCUAUUUAUUACUUCAUCACUGCCAUGUUAGUGCUACUAAUGUGCUUUGAUACCUACUUCGCGUUACCUUUAAAUAAAUUUUAUAGAUAUCAUGAAACGAUAAGACGUAAAGAGAAUGUGCGGACAGAUCAGCGUGUUCCGGUUAAAAUUCCAUAUGGUAGUGUCUUCUUCCAAGCAUUUCCUCAACUUUUUAAUAUAUUUUUUGUAUUUUUUGUUACACUCGCUGUAUUUCCGGCGGUACAUUCUGAUAUUAGACCGAACCACAAUGAUUUUUUUAUACCCGAUCAACUUUUUACAUCAAUAACAUGUUUCUUGACAUUUAAUUUAUUUGCUAUGCUCGGAAGCUUAGCUACGUCGUGGGUACAAUGGCCUAAGCCAAAAUAUUUAUGGAUUCCUGUUUCAAUGCGUGGUGCAUUUUUGCCAUUAUUCUUGUUCUGCAACUAUUUACCAAAAGGUGUGCAGAGAACACUGCCAAUUUUAAUAACAAACGAAUGGAUCUAUUGGAUUAUUGCGGUAGUCAUGUCGUUCAGUUCCGGCUAUUUAAGUUCGCUUGGCAUGAUGUACGCUCCAAAAACGGUAUCUCCGAAAUACCAAACAACAGCGGGAAUGUUUGCAGCCGCUAUGUUAAUAACUGGAAUAUUUUCGGGGAUUCUUUUUUCCUUUCUAUUUCCAUACUUUGUAAUUUUUUAAAUUAAAAUCAUUUCUCAAAAAUGUUCGAAUCGGGAAAAUAAUAAAUUUUUAUGUUUUAAUACAAUUAUUAAUCAGGACUAUUCCGCAGAGGUGGAAAUAACAACAACAACAACAACAACAAAAUCA